AUGUUUGAACUUCAACCCUCAAGUAUCGUGGUUCUCGUUUUUUGCGUACUUGCUAUAAAGGUGUGCAUCAGCCUAAUUGGCAAGACAACGAUCCAAGACAGAAUAUGGUAUCUUUACACUAUUGGAGCAUCUAAAGCUGGCCAUUCCAAAUUUGUGGCUCUCGCCCAGAAAAGAGAAGAGUUAGUCAGAGUAAACAAGGAAAGAAGAGCAAUAAGUGCACAGGACGAGUACGCCAAAUGGACUAAGCUCAAUCGCCAGUUUGACAAGUUGAACAGUGAGGUGAAUGACUUGGCUGAGGCCACUUCGAGCGAAAAGGCUCAGAUUUCUAAACUUGUCAACCUAGCCAUUGCUGCCACGACAACGGCACCUAUCUGGUUUUCCAGAAUUUGGUACAGAAAAGUUGUUUUAUUCUAUCUUCCACCCAAGGUAUUUCCCUAUUACAUCGAGUGGGUUCUUGCAUUGCCAUUUAUAGUUACGGGCGGCGUGGGUUUGACCGUAUGGAUGUUUGCUCUCAAUUCCGUCUUGUCUUCCUUGGAGUUUUUGAUAAAGUUUUAUCUCGAAGAGCCUGUGAAAAAGCCCGAGGCUCCAGCUGCUUCUGAAGCUCAAACUAAACAAUAA